AUGGAAACCAAUUCAGAUUCCAGCCGAGUUCUUGUCAAUGGCGUCUCUGACAAUACUCGUCCCUUAGCAGGUGCAGUCGUCUGCUGCACCUCGGUGCCGGAAGAGAAACGCACAGCCCUCGCCGAGUAUUGUCAACAAAUGGGCGCGACCCACCGGCUGGACCUGACUGUGGACGUAACUCACCUUAUUGUUGGUGAUUACAAAACUACCAAAUACCGCUAUGUUGCUAAGGGACGGCCUGACGUCAAACCUAUGACAAUUGGGUGGCUUGAAGCUGUGCGAGAUCUAUGGAUGAACGAUGAAGAGAUGGAUGUAGAAGCGUUGGAGAAGGAGCACGCAUUGCCAACCUUCAAUGGUUUGAAGUUUAGCAUGACGGGAUGUGAUGAUCCGGACGAAAGGUCGGAUUUUGCGAAUCAGGUCAGAUCGAAUGGUGCUACGUACGAGGGUGAUUUGACCAAGCAAAUAACUCACUUGAUAUCCUUUCGCACCGAUGGCGCGAAGUACAAUGCUGCAAGAAAUUGGAAGCUUCAAGUGGUAAGCCCGGAAUGGGUGCGGGAUAGUUUGGAGCGCGGGAUGAUCCUGGACGAGAAACUAUACGACCCUAUAAUGCCAGUUGAAGAACGAGGAAAGGGAGCGUGGGACAAAACCAAACCAAAAAGGGUAUCGUUAGGAAAACGAUCGAGGGAUGCUAGUGUUUCUGGAAUGGAAGGGGUAAAGAGGAAAUUGAGGAGGACUGCAAGUACAAAACUUAACAGUCAAAGCGGACGGAUGUGGGAAGACAUUGUUGGAGGUGGAAACAUUACGGAAGUCGCCCGAAGUGGUGUAUGGGAUGCCCAGGAGGUCACCACCCAGCUAUCCUUUGCCAAACCCCGACCGAGAGCAGAAAAUACAGUCACCGUAGGGCCGGCACAGCCUCUUUUGGAAAAUAGAACCUCAACUAGUGGGUUUUUCAAUGGAUGCAGGUUCUACUCCUAUGGGUUUUCUCGGGACAAAGAAGAAGUGCUUUGCGGCCACCUACUACCUCAAGGCGCUGAGGUUGUAGGCUCUCUAGAUGAGCUACGAUCUGUCUCGAAUCUCGAUCCUCCUGCGCAUCUUUUCAUGGUAGUACCUCAUGACUUACCCAUAUCAAAACAUCCUGAUUUGCCAUUGUCACAAUUACUAAUACGAAAAAUAACGGUUUGGUGGGUAGAGAAGUGCAUCCAGGAGAAGAAGUUUAUCGAUCCAGACCAGUAUAUCAUUGGCCGGCCACUCCCUGUCUUUCCAAUCGUAGGGUUUCAGGGCAUGACGGUAUGCUCUUCAGGAUUCUCGGGCAUCGACCUGCUACAUUUGAAAAAAGCUAUAAACUUAAUUGGCGCAAAAUACAGCGAACAUAUGACCAAGGACUGCUCGGUACUUAUUUCCAAGUCUCAGACAGGCUUACGGAAAGACAAAUACGAGUACGCCAAGGAUUGGAAAAUACCUAUCCUUGCGGCAGAUUGGUUGUGGGAAUGUAUCUCACAGGGUGUUAGAGUAGAACCAAAGGCACAUACCUUCAGGUCACAGAAGCGUUUGGACGCUUUACCGACCAUUACAGCUCCUCCGAAGACUAAGCCCGAAGAAGAAAAAGAGAGAAGUCCGCCUACGCAGAACCAUUUAGCAUUGAAGAUCGAGGUGGAACGACAGCCAAGUCCGGUUGCUGACACUUCUGUGGUUACUGCUCCGAAUCAAGCUGCCAAGAUCAAGCAAGAGCAAGAAACACACUCUGCUCCUAAGGAGAUACAGGCUUCAGACGCUACAUCAGAAGACGCCUCGUUUAAAUUAGACCCUCUGUCAGAAAGGGACCCCAUUUCCCCGUCUAGAACGGUAUCGACAGCACCAGCACCAUCAGGGCACCCUCAUUCAAAAUCAAUUCAUGAAGAUUAUAGCAGCGGUAUUUCGGACCUGUUGGCCAAAACGAGGCGGUCAGUACAGCCAGCGAGUAAUGAAGGUCCUGAAGGCGUACGAAAACGUGGGCCCAGUCGCAUUUUCGGACGGGUUGCCAGUAAUAUGUCAGCAACAUCAAACACUCAUUCACGCUCGGCAUCAGUCGAUUCGACGGCUACACAUAGCAAUGCAGUCGAACCUGUGGCCACGAAGGACGACCAACUAGCUAUGUUUUUAAAUGGUGAUAGAAAUAUGGAGAAAGACAACGAGAGUCAGCCUCCGUCUACUCAGUUGCAGUACGCGGAUGAAGAGAGUGCUGCGGUCACGGAAAGAGUCAUGGCAAGAAUGUUGGGCGAGAAGCUUCCACCCAGACGUUCGGGUUUGAAGCAGAAAGCGAUAACUAUUACCAGUGUGUCAGAUUUAGAAACUAGAGCGAGGUCCACCAGGCAAAGGGCUCGGCAAAACCCCAAUGGCACCUACUUAGAGAUGAGCUCUCGAAACUUUACCAGCUCAAGUACAAACGACAAAGCUCACCAGCUUAUUAGAAGAGGCACAGCUACGGCACGUGACCUCGUUAAUAAUAACGUUGCGUUUAGAUUCAAAGUCAAGUGCUAUUAUGUUAACACCAAGACCGAGACAGCAACACCUGUAGUUGCACCAACUGAUGUUCCAUUACUACCAGGUCGAACCCCUCAAUCUCAAGGUGUAGAAUAUCAGGUUCUGAUAGAAGCGAGAAAACUCCUGAAUGAUAUACUCGAAAGACAUGGACACCUCACUGAAGUAUGGGAUGCGUACUUCCGGAAUCUACACAGGUCACUUCCCAUCAUUAACCAAGAACAACUUCAACGGCAAUUUACAAAUAACGAUGAGACUUCACAGGCUCACUUCCCAUUAGUUUUGCUCUCGAUAUAUUUAUUAAUAACGCGAUUGCUACCUCAUAAUCCAGAAAAGGGAGACGAUCAACUAUAUGUUCAGCUGAAGAGUAUACAUUCUCUUCUACAGUCUACCGGGAAUGUGUCAACGGACCUCAUCCAGGCGGGUCUUAUGAUUGCGGUCUACGAGCACUCUCAAGCUAUGCAUAGGGAUGCUUGGUUAACUGUGGGAACUUGUGCCAGGAUGGGUCAUCUUCUGGGUCUACAUACUUUGAUAAAACAAGUAUCGCCUCCUGAAGGCUCGCAGCGUGCAGGAUUUGAAGAAAAGAGACGUUUAUGGUGGAUCAUUGUGGUGCUUGAAAGAAUCGUAAGCCACGACAGCAAAGACACUCGUCUACCUUUUGCCUCAGAACCACCACAUGCUCAUGAUAUCCUUCCCCCAAGAUCUCUGGAAGUAGAAACUCCACCCAUUGUCAUCAGCGACAUGCUGUUGCCCGAGCACAUCAACCUGGAAGACCGAGGAGCAAUACCCAGUCGCCAAUUCACAGGCCUCGGACCCUUUCCAACCACAAUCCAAGCCGUAUAUCUCUCAACACUCAUUGACGAACAUAUCAAAACCACAUUCUCAAACCCGGAGCUACGCAAACUCAACGCUAGAAAACUACAUGCGUGCCUUGAAUCCUUCUCGGGAGCUUGUAUCCCCGGACCCGGGAAAUCAGAAGGAACUUACUGUGGUUCCUACAGCAUUCGAACAUUCGCCGUCUUCGCACUCUACGAACACGAACUCGCUCUGGCUGUCCAAGAAGGCGAUCUAGACAGUAUCUCACAAAUCACCACCUCCUCACUCGCCCUCGCGAACCUUGUUAUUUACCUCACUGGAAGUACCGAAGACAAACCUAUCGACAUGCCUACACUGAGUUAUUGGAGUCAUAGAAUUACUUAUCUCGCUUGUAUGACUUUCAUCAAGUACGCCCCGCGAGAUGGGGAUUGGGAAGGGAAGAUUGAGGUUUGUCGGAGAUAUCUAGGACAAUUGACGCCGAGGUUUCGGAUCUAUAGUGAUGCGCUAUUGGAUAUUGAUGAAGCUAGGAAGAAUGCUCUACGCAGUUCGGAAAGUACAAGCAUGAUGAUAGAUACGUGA